AUGAUAACGUCCAGUUCAGACUUCAGGUUCUCCCUCUGUUGUGUCUGCAGAUUGUCAGGUUGUCUGAUCUCAGAGGAAGGCUGUGCUUCUCUGGCCUCAGCUCUGACCUUUAACCCCUCCCAUCUGAGAGAGUUGGACCUGAGCUACAAUCAUCCAGGAGACUCAGGAGUGAAGCUGCUGUCGGCUGGACUGAAGGAUCCAAAGUGGAGACUGGAAACUCUCAGGGUGGAGCCUGAUGGAGUCCGAUGGUUGACACCAGGUCUGAGGAAAUAUUCCUGUCAACUCACCAUCGACACAAACACAAUGAGCAGAAAACUGAAACUGUCUGAAGACAACAGGAAGUUGACAUGUGUGGAGGAGGAUCAGUUAUAUCCUGAUCAUCCAGACAGAUUUGAGUAUCUUCACAAUGUCCUGUGUGAAACUGGUCUGACUGGUCGCUGUUACUGGGAGGUUGAGUGGAGAGGAGGGGUUGAUAUAGCAGUGAGUUACAAAAGAAUUGAGAGGAAAGUAGACAGUAGAACCUGUUGGUUUGGAGGGAAUGAUCAUUCCUGGUGUCUGAUCACCUGCGGUGAUGAUGAGUGCUAUGUGAGGCACAAUGACAUACGAACUCGUCUCCCUUCCUCCUGUUUCUCUCACAGAGUAGGUGUGUAUGUGGACUGUCCUGCUGGCAUUCUGUCCUUCUACAAAGUUUCCUCUGACUCACUGACCCACAUCUACACCUAUAAAACCACAUUCACUGAACCUCUCUAUGCUGGGUUUGGGUUCUGGGUCCCUGGUUUUUCACUGGUUCUGAAGAACUAGAGUUUCUUGUAUCAGAGAUUUUCUCUCUGUUAAAGUCAAAAGUAAAAGUCAAGUUUAUUGACAAGACAGUUCAAAGUUAUUUUCCCCAUAAUAAAAUAAUACAGUUUUAAAUUAUGAAACAUUAAAUGUUGUCAGAUAUCAAAAUAAUGAAGCAAAACAGUGCCACUAGGGGGCGCUGUUUCUCCUGGAGGCCCGGUUGCGUCCUGCAUGUUUUAUUCCCUCCCUGGUUUUAGUAACAACCUUUCAGCAGGUCAAAGUUCUUCUUAGGCCUCUAAUGAUCCAUCAUUGGAUCCAGGUGAGUUAAACCAGGGAGAGACUAGAACCUGCAGGAUCCCGGCCCUCAGGGGCCACUUUGGGCUCCACUGGUCUAAAUGAUGCUGGAAUGACCAGAUUGAGGCUCCAAGCAGGAACGAACCAUUUCAUGCAGAUCCAGGGAAGUUCAGUGAAAAUAUAGAUGUGCUUUUUGCUCUGGGAGGUAACAUUUAAUUUUUACUGCUAUAAACUAUUUUAGGAAACACAGUAU